AUGUGUGAAAUCACUUUUAUUGGUAGAGCAAGUGAUGGGCUUGUUCUAACGGAAACUUGGGACGACUUGACAACAAACAGAUCACUGCAGAGCUACAAGCACCAAGCAAAGCAGAUUUUAAAGAAUGUAGGAUCUGAGAUUGGGUCGGAAAAGUGUUCUGUGGAUAGUGGGAAUUAUGUCUUUUAUUAUAUUGUGGAUGGUGGAGUAAUAUACAUGACAUUAUGCAGCAAGUCUUACCCCAAGAAGCUUGCAUUUUCAUUUUUGCAGGAAGUUAUUAAGUACUUCUUCGAGGAACUAAAGAAGGAAUUUGGUAAUAAGGAUGGAGAUUAUAGAGCCAAUAUUGAAUCUAUAGACAAACCCUAUUAUUUUAUUAAGUUUGAUAGAAUAAUCCAGCGCUGUAAAUCGGAAUAUAGAGAUCCUAGAUCUUCUAAAUCUUUACAGAAAUUGAAUGAUUCAUUAAUAGAGGUGACUAAUAUUAUGAAAAGGAAUGUAGACGAUAUCUUACUUCGUGGUGAGAAUUUGAAUGAGGUGGAGCGUAAAGCAAAUGAUCUGAAAUAUGCCUCUUUAGAAUUUUCAAGAGCUGCUAAGAAGCUUUCAUUACAAGCUCUUAUUCAGAAAUAUGCACCUUUUAUAGCUCUACUAACAGUAUUUCUUCUAGUAAUUGCAUGGAAAUUAUUGCUAUGAUGUAUUGAGUUUCUAGUUUUAUAGUUACUAGAAUAAAAGAUAAUUCCUAUAUCUCUUUAAUAUAGAUAGCUCUUAAUAGAGAAAUAAUUGAGACGUAAUUUAUAUUGCAUGCAGUUCUA